AUGGACGAACGCCUACUCGAUCCGAAUCGCCAACCAGGCCGAAGGCUCAGUAAUCAGAAGCUAAGAGCGACGCGCCCACGGUACAACGUUAUCAUUCCGAAAAGGUCACGAUUCGUGCAAGCCAAGUGCGACCAGAACAUCCAAGUUAGCGGCAGAGCAGACGGCGAGGUCGCAGCGUUCGCGGAGAAGCAAAUCCUCAACAAGCGAGCACAUCGCGGGACGAUCGAGCCAUAUCAGCCGAAGAGUCGAGCGUGGAAUCUUGAGCACCGACCACGUCAAUACAAAUCACAAAUAACGAAUCUCACGAAUCUCCUGGACAAGGGUGCGGUAGAUAACGCGGCAUUGAAACUACGAAUCGCUCGUUUAACCGAUGUAUAUCACUCGUUCGAAGAUCAGAAUCUCGAGCUCGAGGUAUUGGAUCCGAACGAUAACCAUCAAGAAGAAUUUUUAAGUUUACAAACCCGUUUUUUCGAUCUCGCGGGCAGAAUCGAGAGCAUCUUGAACGUCAGGAACGCGUCGGAUCCCAGCACGUCGAGUAACGCAUCACAGAGCGACGCCGCGGAUUCCGUAACCGCCGUGAAAAAACGGCGGAUCAAAUUACCUGAGGCGCCGCUGCCUACCUUUGACGGCAAAUUUGAAAGUUGGCUAUCAUUCAAAAAUGCUUUUCGUAGUAUGAUCGGCGAUCAGAACGAUCUAACAGACAUCGAUAAAUUACACUAUUUAAGAUCGGCAUUAAAGGGAGAAGCCGCGAAUAAAAUAAAAAUCCUCGAAAUAGACGGAAUAAGUUACGCGAAGGCAUGGGAACUAUUAGAGCGCUCUUAUGAAGUUAAGCGAAUUUUGGUCCAUCGGCACAUUUCGUGCAUCGUAAAUUUACCCGCAUUAGAUAAAGAGAGCACAGCCGGCUUAACUAAAUUGGCCGAUGACACUCAACAACAUCUCGCUUCGCUAGCCGCGUUAGGAGCGUCGGUCGGAACCGACAUGAUCGUUUACCACCUUGAGAGUAAAUUGCCGAAAGGUGUAUUAAAGGAAUGGGAGGCGACUUUAAAAAGAGAGGAACUUCCAAACUUAGACCAAUUGUACGAAUUCAUAUAUAAAUCCGCGGUCUGUGCAUCGAGAAGCGAGAAGGCAAAGACACGCGAUUCAGAUAAGGCCAUCGGCGAGCCCUCGGCGAAAAGAAAGCGAGUGCACACGUCGAAUCAAAUUUUUGUCGCGAGCGCGUCGCGUAAUUGCGCGGCCUGCAAAACUAAGCGACAUCCGCUUUAUAUAUGCGAAACAUUCAAACAAUUAUCCGUGCCAAAACGUAUAGAAACAGUGAAACAGGCAAAAUUAUGCUACAAUUGUUUACGAUCCCAUCGCGACAGUCCAUGCUUGCCGGUGACGGCACAUUCUUUAUCCAUCGGCGCAUUGGAUGGCUUGAAUACGGAAUCAAAGGGCCUCGUGCAUGUGACUAUACGAUCAACACAAAACAAUUUUUCCAAAAAAUUAACAUGCUUAACGAUUCCAACUAUCGUGGAUUUAAUUCCCUCGGAGGUCUUUCCGCGAAACUCAAUAAAAAUUCCUCCCAAUAUCAAGUUAGCAGAUCCUGAUUUUCAUCUACCGCGACCAAUCGAUUUGUUAAUUGCUUCGGGCGCGACCUUGUCUCUAUUUUCCGUCGGUCGAAUUAAUCUGUCACCUGAAGGGGACGAUUUAUAUUUGCAAAAGACGCGUCUUGGAUGGGUAACCGCCGGAGGUGCGUCGUUGCAACCUCCGUCGAAGUCUGCAUGCUACUUAACAACGUUGGAAACCCAAUUAACAAAAUUUUGGACAAUCGAGGAAGUCGCGGAGGAUAAAUUGAAAUCUGAUGAGGAAAUUGAGUGCGAAGCACAUUUUGUAAAGACUGUUUCUCGCGAUAAUACAGGACGGUACACAGUUAGUUUACCGUUUCGCAGGACAAAUCAACGUAUUGGCGAAUCGCGGACAAUGGCACUUAAUCGUUUAGCGUCAUUGGAGCGCAAAUUCAACGCGAACUCAGCAUUCCGAGAGGAGUACACGCGGGUAAUUGAGGAACACGUGAAGUCAGGGCAUAUUUCAUUAACAAAAGAGUUCAGCGAUGACGGAUACUAUAUGCCUCACCAUGCCGUAAUUAAAAAUACCAGCAACACUACUAAAUUACGAGUAGUGUUUGACGCGUCGGCUAAGUCGAGGAACGGCGUGUCGUUAAAUGACGUAUUGCUGGUCGGACCAACAAUACAAGAUAAAUUAUUUUCGCAUUUGAUUCGAUUCCGUACCUACAAAUACGUCAUUACCGCGGACAUCGAAAAGAUGUACCUGCAAGUAUUGUUACAAGAUAAUGAUCGGCGUUAUCAACGGUUUCUUUGGCGCACAAACGAUAACGUGGAAACGUAUCAAAUUAAUAAACUGGCAUUUGGUGUAUCGUCUUCGCCAUUUCUCGCUAUUCGUGUCCUUCAAAAACUCGCUGACGAUGAAGCGCACGCAUUUCCCAUCGCCGCCCGAGUGAUCAAGUCUCAUCUAUACGUGGAUGAUUUGUUAUCCGGAGCCGACAGCAUCGAAGAAGCGCGGGCGAUCAGAGACGAGAUAAUCGCAUUGUUAGCGCGAGGCGGGUUCUCUAUUCGGCAAUGGGCGGCGAACGAUGAGCGCAUCGUCAAUGAUUUGGCAACGAGUGUAUUACACGCGAAAUUCACGUUCAAUGAGGAUAGAUCUUUCAAAACACUAGGCAUCACGUGGAGUACGGACGGCGACGAAUUGCGUUAUUCGAUAAAUCCGAUCAAAAUCACAGAAAGAAUUACUAAACGGAACAUAUUAUCGGAAAUCGCGAAAAUAUACGAUCCGCUGGGGUUACUGGGUCCCGUGAUAUUAUAUGCGAAGAAAAUGAUGCAAGAUGUAUGGCGGUGCGGAUUGCAUUGGGACGAAUCCGUUCCCCAGAACGUACACACUGAUUGGACGGAAUUUGCGAGACAAUUAGAAGAGUUAAAUGAGGUUUCGUUUGACCGCAAAUUAUUCGGAGAUGAUUACGAUGAAGUACAGAUACACGGAUUUUGCGACGCAAGUAACGUCGGUUACGGGGCAUGUGUGUAUGCACGGACGCGCGGAAAAAAUAAAAAUGUAACCGCUAGAUUGUUAUGCGCCAAAUCUCGAGUCGCGCCGUUGAAAACGAUUACGAUACCGCGGCUCGAACUAUGCGGCGCAUUGUUAUUAGCGCGACUGUAUCGUGAAGUAAGCAAAGCAUUAAACAUUGUUCCUGUUAAAACAAUUUGCUGGUGCGAUUCAACUAUUGCAUUGCACUGGAUAAGAACACAGCCUCAUCUCCUCAAAACGUACGUAGCUAACCGAGUCGCCGAAAUACAGGAACUCGUCGGGUCACACAUGUGGCGGCACGUUCGAUCCGAAGACAAUCCCGCGGAUGCGAUCUCGAGAGGCCAAUUACCGCGAGCGUUUACACAGAAUAAAACGUGGUCGUCCGGGCCUUCGUGGUUAGUCGAGGAGGAAGAGAAAUGGCCAAGACAAGAUCCCCAAAAAAUCGAAAUUCCAGAACUAAAAAAGAAUGUUUGUUUAAUAGCCGAGAUACGCGACUUCGACUUAAUUAAUAAGUAUUCCUCUUAUUACAAAUUGCGUAAAAUUGUGGCGUAUUGCCGUCGUUUUCGGACUCGUAAGGAACAUUCCGGUCCAUUACACGCGAAAGAAUUAGACGAAGCAGAAAUUCGAGUGUUAAAAUUGUUACAGGGUAGUCGUUUUACCGACGAGAUCGCUAAGUUAAAAAAUAACAAGUUGAGUCGUACGAAUAAAAUCGCCAAUUUAAACCCGUUUCUCGACGAAAACGGGGUAAUCAGAGUCGGAGGACGGCUUCAGGCUUCGAAUAGACCAUUCGCGCAAAAACAUCAGAUUUUGCUUCCUAGCCGACAUAGUUUAACGGAUAGCAUCAUUCGCGAAACACAUGAAAAAUAUCAUCAUCCCGGGAUAGUAACGACCUUACAUCUCGUUCGUCAAAAAUUCUGGUUGCUCGAUGGCAGGAACCAAGUACGAAAAAUCAUACGCUCCUGCGUUCGAUGUUUUCGAUUCAAUGCCCAAGUAGUCGAACACAAAAUGGGAAAUCUCCCAAUCACACGCGUACAGGAAGCAAUACCGUUCACCAACACUGGUAUCGAUUUCUGUGGGCCAUUUUAUAUCAAGGAACGAAAAUUCAGAAACCGAACGCGAAUCAAAGUUUACAUAUGCAUCUUCGUGUGCAUGUCGGUCAAAGCGGUGCAUCUUGAGCUCGUGAGCGAUUUGUCGUCCGAGGGCUUCAUUGCAGCGCUGCGACGAUUUGUUGCAAGGCGCGGGAUGCCAGCGCACAUUCACUCCGACAACGGUAGCAAUUUCGUGGGCGCGAACAACCAACUAAAGGAACUGUAUGCAUUGUUUAAUUCUGAACAACACCAGACUGUGCUAAGUCAGUUCAUAAGCGAUCAUAAAAUUACUUGGCAUUUUAUACCUCCAGCCGCUCCACAUUUCGGUGGAAUUUGGGAGUCAAUGAUCAAACUUUUUAAGCACCACUUUAAACGAGUUGUAGGAGAUUCGUUAUUUACAUUUGAACAAUUAAAUACAUUUAUUACUGAAGUCGAAGGCAUUCUUAAUUCGCGGCCGAUCACAUCUUUAUCCUCCGAUCCGAAUGACUUGCUUGUGCUGACUCCCGCUCAUUACUUAAUCGGCAAACCAUUAACCACCCUUCCGGAGGGCGAUGUAUCAUGUGUUCCAGCGAAUCGGUUAUCCGUAUGGCAACACAUUUCGAAAGUCCGACAGGACUUUUGGGCUCGAUGGAAUUUGGAGUACUUAAAUGAGCUCCAAAUACGCAAUAAAUGGACGAAGGACGGACCGAAGCUCGAAACGGGGACUAUUGUCUGCAUCAAGGACAAAAAUCUGCCCUGUAAUCAGUGGACAUUGGGUAGGAUCGUGGAAACACAUCCGGGCACAGACGGAAUAGUACGAGCCGCCACCAUAAAGACGGCCACCGGCGUCAUCAAGCGAGCGGCAAAGGCCUUAUGCCCACUCCCUAUCGAGCGAUAA